CUGCGCACACCGUGACUCUGGCUCCGCACACCUUUGGCCACCAGGCUGGUGCACCGGCCAGCACUCGGCCUCCAAUGGCCCGAAGACUUCCUUCCCCGGACGCGGGAGGACCUGCACAGUUCCCUUAGCAAGGACUAGCAAGCGCGUUGUCUCCGCAGGAAGGGGCGGGCUUUGCAGUAGCCGUACGUUGCCAUAGCGACCCUGGCAGCUGCCCUGGACGCCGGAGCGCGCGCUUUCGGCAGCUCUGAGGCUGGAGGCUGCGAUCCCUCGAUUCCAGCUUGAGGACUCCGGAUCCACUCGGCAGAUAAGCGCGGGUGAGAGGGCGCAGGUGGAACCGUACGGACCCCUAGGCUUCUGGGCCCAGCCCCUCUCCACCUUCCCAUUGCGGUAAUUAUUGUUAUUCAGUAUUAAAACAACUCAGGCAGAGUCUGCGCACCGCGUUGCAAAGCUUUCUUUUCCAAUCAGUAGCUCAUAUAUUCAGUCUUCAGCCUCCGCUAUAGGAGAACCUAAAUUCCCGAAAGUGCCGGCUGGUGCAUCCGUCUGGUUCAGUUCGUGUUACUCUCAUGAGGCUUUAAGUAACCCCCAGUGACAUCUUAAGAAAGUUAUUAGAUUCUAGGUUACGAUUCUGAGUAAACCAGGGAGAAAGUGUCAGUUCAGGGCUGAUUUGGCAUUAACACCUUUCCGAACACUUGCUAAUCUCAAUCUCGCUAAGACAAAUUGGUUUCUCUUCAGUAUUUUUAUUUUUACAGUUACCUUCCCCUUCAGGAACCUGACACUUGUUUUCCUUUAUAGUAAGGUCUCUUCCUUGGCAAAAUUAUUUAUUUGUAAAAGGAAAUUCAUUUAAAUAUCAAUAUUCAGCACAAUGCAGGUGGUACUUGGAAAUGGAAGGCAAAUGAAAAACACUAAAUUUAGGGCCUGAGACUGUUAUCUCCUCCAGGCUGUUGCCCUUGCUGAUUCUGGUAAUUGGAGUGACCCUCCCUGUUUCUAGGCUUGACCCUCAAGGUCUGUACCAGCUGGUGUGGUUGCUCAGCCCGAUCAGACCAACCCCUGAGGUCCGCUGCUGUAGCCUAACCAAAGGAAGUCCUUGGUGGGCAGGGCCCAGUGCAAGAGGAAAAUACAGGGCCCUUGCUCAGAAAGUGUAAGAAUUUCAGAACAGUGGCCGUAGAGAAGUAAACCAAGCACAGCCCUUCUCAGGUCAGGGCCCCCUGCCACUGCUCAGGUUGCAUACCCGUGAUGCUGGCCCUGCGUGCAUGGAUGCCUGGGACACUGCAAUCUCCUGGAAUCUGCUCAGCUGAUUCCAGGAGAUCUGAGGUCAUUCUGAUUGUCUGAUUGGUCAGUAGCUCUGCAUGCUCGUGGUCAAAUAUUUCACUGUAGCCCCUGCUGCUAGCACUGCUGCCGUGUGCCUGUGUAUAUUCCCCAAGCCCAUGGGGUGGAAUAGGUAGUAUUUGCUAAUGUGGAACAGGGAUCCCCAUCUUUAUCACCUGGCACGGGCCCCAUGGAGACAGACAGGGGGACGUGAAUGUCUGCACUGGAGAUUCUGGGGACAUGAAGAGCACAGACAGGGGCUCCCCGACUAGGGUGAGGCCUUAGACCCCCCAAAGUUUCUCUGCAACCCCACCAGGCAGGGCUGGGAGGAGAGUCGGGUCUGAUGGAGAAACUUAGCCAGGUGAUGAUGAGGCAGGUAGAGGACCGAGGCAGGGGCCAGAGGUCAGGUGUAAAAGGGUGACUAACCAUCCUGAUGUGCCCAGGAUUGUCUCAGUUUUAGACUGAAGGUCCAAAGGCCUAGGAAACCCCUCAGCCCCAGCCAUAUGGGGACAGUUGGUCCCCUUAGGAGCAGUAUCGUUAGUUGGUGGGCUCCAGCUUGCGAAUCCGGCAAAGCCAGCCCCUGGACUUUUUCAUCGUUCUAUCUGCGAGACAGAUGAUGUGAGACCAAGGAGUUAAAGUGCGGGGUGCUGGGCAGUGUGUGUGUAAGGGAUGUUCCCGCGGGCUGUGCCAUAGCAGCUGUCUGCCGGCCCAGGGCGGCAUGGCUACCCCAACCCCCCAUUCCCCUGGAAUGGAUCUCGGUGCUCAUCGGAGGGGGGGCUCCAGGCCAAGUUCUAGCCUUAGGGUCAGCAUCCACUCUGAUUGGUCACACUGGGUAUUAAACGUGUGACCAUCACCUCCUGCCUGAGGACAGUUUCUUCCUGAUGCCAUCACAAACCCAACUGCUCUACUGGUUUCCCUGGUUCCCCAAGCAAUUGUGUCAUCAGGACACCCCCCCCCAAGUGCACCCCUGGAGAAGCGAGGGAGGAGACAGCCCAAGGUCAGUCCAGCACUAAAGGAUCCCCUCCCAAGGCAGUUCAUCUGCCCCAUGGACUGAGAACACACAUGACUCACCCCGCUUGAGCUCGAGACCGGUGCCUCCCCCAGAAGCCCCGGAACGCUGGCAUAACCAGGGGCACCUGGAGCCCUCGAUGUCCCUAACUUUCGCCAGCACCCUCAGGCCCUGAAGAAGCAGCCAACAUGCCUAUCUCCAAGUACCCACGAAAGUCAGAGCCCCUGUGGAAGGGGUGGGACCAAAAAGCCCAGAAGAAUGGACUGAGACACCAGGUGUACACUGUUGGUGGCGACUGCUAUGUGGGCGAGUGGAAGGACAACAUGAAACAUGGGAAAGGAACACAGAUCUGGAAGAAGACAGGGGCCGUCUAUGAGGGGGACUGGAAGUCUGGGAAGCGAGAUGGCUAUGGCACCCUCAGCCUUCCUGACCCAGAGACAGGGAAGAACAGGAGAGUAUACUCCGGCUGGUGGAAGGGCGGGAAGAAAUCGGGCUAUGGGAUCCAGUUUUUCGGACCCAAAGAGUAUUAUGAAGGUGAGUGGUGUUGCAACCAGCGCUGCGGGUGGGGCCGCAUGUACUACAGCGAUGGUGACAUUUACGAAGGCCAAUGGUGCAACGACAAGCCUGAAGGGGAGGGCAUGUUACGCCAGAAGAAUGGGAACCGCUAUGAGGGCCACUGGCGUCAAGGCUUGAAAAAUGGGUCGGGGCGUUUCUUUCACCUGAACCACGGUCAGCUGUUUGAAGGCUUCUGGGUGGACGACGUGGCCAAGUGUGGCACAAUGAUCGACUUUGGCCGCGAAGAGGCCCCUGAGCCCACCCAGUUCCCCAUUCCUGAGGUCGAAAUUCUAGACCCCGACGGAGUGCUGGAGGAAGCCUUGGCCAUGUUCAAGAAGGCAGAGGAAAAACAAGGAGACUGAUGCCAGAGAGACUCCCAGGGCUUCAGGAGAAAGUCAAACCCACGUCACCCAACUGCUCAGACCGGUGCGGCUCCCACUGGAGGAGUGCGCUGUGGCUCCGGCACACCCUCGGCAUCUCGCUCCUCCCAGCACUGGAUUCUUCUUUGCCAACAGGGUUAUUAAUUCUUUGCUUCUCUCUCCAGCAGGCCUCGGGUACCCUCUAGUUUCGUUCUAGGAUUUUACCCCUGAGUGUAUGAGAAUAAAGGGGCACCCGGUGGCAUGAGCCUGGGGCUGGUGGUGUCAG